AUGUCCUCCUGCCUCCUGUCAGUCCUCCUGCCUCCUGUCAGUCCUCCUGCCUCCUGUCAGUCCUCCUGCCUCCUGUCAGUCCUCCUGCCUCCUGUCAGUCCUCCUGCCUCCUGUCAGUCCUCCUGCCUCCUGUCAGUCCUCCUACCUCCUGUCAGUCCUCCUGCCUCCUGUCAGUCCUCCUGCCUCCUGUCAGUCCUCCUGCCUCCUGUCAGUCCUCCUGCCUCCUGUCAGUCCUCCUGCUUCCUGUCAGUCCUCCUGCCUCCUGUCAGUCCUCCUGCCUCCUGUCAGUCCUCCUACCUCCUUCCUCCUGCCUCCUGUCAGUCCUCCUGCCUCCUGUCAGUCCUCCUGCUUCCUUCCUCCUGCCUCCUGUCAGUCCUCCUACCUCCUGUCAGUCCUCCUACCUCCUGUCAGUAUUCCUACCUCCUGUCAGUCCUCCUGCCUCCUGUCAGUCCUCCUGCCUCCUGUCAGGCCUCCAACCUCCUGUCAGUCCUCCUGUCUCCUGUCAGUCAACCUACCUCCUGUAAGUCCUCCUACCUCCUGUCAGUCCUCCUGCUUCCUGUCAGUCCUCCUGCCUCCUGUCAGUCCUCCUGCCUCCUGUCAGUCCUCCUGCCUCCUGUCAGUCCUCCUGCCUCCCGUCAGUCCUCCUGCCUCCUUGUCAGUCAUCCUACAUCCUGUCAGUCCUCCUACCUCCUGUCAGUCCUCCUGCCUCCUGUCAGUCCUCCUGCCUCCUGUCAGUCCUCCUGCCUCCCGUCAGUCCUCCUGCCUCCUUGUCAGUCAUCCUACAUCCUGUCAGUCCUCCUACCUCCUGUCAGUCCUCCUGCCUCAUGUCAGUCCUCCUGCCUCCUGUCAGUCCUCCUGCCUCCUGUCAGUCCUCCUGCCUCCUGUCAGUCCUCCAACCUCCUGUCAGUCCUCCUAUCUCCUGUCAGUCCUCCUGCCUCCUGUCAGUCCUCCUGCCUCCUGUCAGUCCUCCUGCCUCCUCUAGUCUUCCCUCUAACCAGCGGCAUCGUCAUCGUCUCUGACGACUUCCUGUGUUCUCCAGCUAGUCUUCCCUCUAACCAGCUGCAUCGUCAUCAUCUCUGA